AUGUCACUAGACACCCCCGAUUCGCUUGCGCGGGAUUUCUCCGCCAAGCUGUUCACAUCUGAGAAGCAGCUCGAGCCCAUGUCUGACGCAGUGCUUCCGCCGAGUUACUCAGCCGCCACCAGCGAGGCUGACAUGUCUGAUGUCAGCACUUACAGCGAGUGCAAGGCCACCACGAUUCCCGCUCCCGAGGAGGAAAACAAGGGGAUGACAGACGUCCCUGUGCAGAUAUCUACUCUGCCGGACCAGCGAAGAGACAUCGUCGCAAAGAAGGGAGCCGUAUUCAACCUCAUGGUUGUGGGAGAAAGCGGAACAGGCAAAACCACCUUCCUCAAUACCCUCUUCGCUGAUGAACUACUCAAACGAGUGGGAUCUCGACGGAGACCGUUCCCCUUUGGCGGGCAGGAGGAGGAGUCGGCUUAUGAAUACACUGGCGACGAGUCGGCGAAUUCACAACACCAUCGCACGACGAAGAUUGAGUCGGCGACCUUUGAUCUCGAAGAAGAAGGCGUUACGGUUCGGUUCACGGUCAUUGACACGCCGGGAUUUGGCAAUUAUGUCAACAACACGAACUCGUGGGUCCCCAUCGUUGAGUACCUCGAUGACCAGCAUCGGCAGUACCUCGUACAGGAGGAGCAGCCCGAGAGAUCCAGAAUCAGGGACGUCCGAGUCCACGUUUGCGUCUACUUCCUCAAGCCAGGGUACCGACUCAUGCCUCUCGAUAUCAGAGCCAUGAAGGAGCUCUCCAAGCGGGUCAACUUGAUCCCUGUCGUGUCCAAGGCCGACACUUUUACCAUCCCUGAGAUGGAGGCUUUCAAGGCCAACGUUAGAGCUGCUAUCGACGCUCACAAGAUCCAGAUCUACACUCCCAGUGAUGACUACAAUCUUGGCUCCCUCUACACCUCUGAGGUGCCUCUUUCCAUUAUCGGCUGUCACGAUUCUGUCAUGGGACGUGAUGGACAGCAGACCCGGGGCCGUCAAUAUGCCUGGGGCGUUGCCGAGGUGGACAACCCUGACCAUUGCGACUUCGUCCGGCUGCGGGAGAUUAUGAUGAGCCACUGUAUGCUGGAUCUUAUCGACACUACCGUCGAGCAGCAUUACGCUAGCUACAGAAUGCAGAAGAUUGAGCUUGCACGAAGCGCCAUGAAGGAUGCUGGUGCCUCGGAGGAGGAUAUUACUGCUCAACCCUUCUGUAUGCUUCUUCGAAAGUCUGCCGCCCAGCUCCAGGAGCACGACAUCUCCAACAGCAUCAAGUUCCAGGCCAAGGUGGUGGAGCUUAACAGGCGAUUCGCCAAGAUUGUGGAGAAGCAGGAGGAGAAUUUCAGCAACUGGGAGACUGAGCUCACACAGAAGCAGGAUGAAUUCAACGCCGACAUUAAAAAGAUCCAUCGAGAUGUGAUUGAUCUAGAGGCUGCAGUCGAUAUCCUCUCUUACCGCGUCCGGAAUGAUCCCAAGGAUACUGGAGGACGCAUUUCCAAGGGCAAGGCCAACGUUGCUGACAUCUUCCAUCGAGAUCGCUAG